UGGGCCUAUUUCCCUUCCAAUACACCCACCUCAGAGCUCCUGCUAUAUCAACUCACUCACCACUCUGCUUUUCUGCUCUCUCUUGAUGUCAAAAACAGACACAUUCUAUUUUCUACAUAUUCAGAGCAGGAAGGGUCCCAGCAUCCCACUUCCAAAUGAGCACCUCAAGCACAUGCAAGCCACAAUUGUAUCCAUAGUGAAAAGCCUAUUCCAAGGCUGGGUGGUUGUUGUCUACUGUUACUGAGAGCCUACUAUGUGCCAGUUACUGUACUGGGUGCUUUUUAUACAUUUGAUCUCAUUUAAUCCUCCUUCCAGUUCCGUUAGGUAGGUACUAUUACUGUCACUGGUUCAGUUGAGAAAACUGCCAAAAACACAGCUAGAAAAGGAACAGAACCAGGAUUCAGACUUAGGUUGGCCCAACCUUUGCCAAAUACAUCUUGUCUUCCUCCAUCCUGCCACAUGCCGCCUGUUGCUUCCUCACCUCUGGGGGUAGGAUCCAUGUGACUCCCUUCUUGUUAGCUGUCCUCAGCACCCAGUGGGUGUGACCUGGGGUGCAAGCAGUCGUUGCAGAGGUUACUGUGAUUUUGCCCCUGGAGACCUGUCCACAACUCAGGAGGGACUGCGGAACUCACGCAGCUCUUGGCCUGAGCCCCUGUUAACAAGCGAAAGGAGGCUUUAGCCAAGGACUCUGAGGGGAGAUAAAUGCUGGGAGUGGACUCAACUCUGGUCGGGACCCAAGCACCCAGCCCUCCCCGAGACAUUGUUUGAACUGGGCCAGGCCACCAGACACAGCCCCUCCCGCCCGCCCCAGCCAGGGUGGUGCUUGUGUGGGAAGGACUUUAACUCCAGCUGCCAGACCCCUGAACGGGAGAGGCAGAGAGGACUGGCCAACAUGCACAACUUCCGCAGCCUCCUGGCCCGUCUGCUGCUGCCGCUGCUACUGCUGGGGGCUGCCAUGGGCCCUGCCGGAGCCCUCAGUGAUGAUGAAAGACACGUGAUGGUGGAGCUGCACAAUCUCUACCGAUCCCAGGUGUCCCCACCGGCCGCCAACAUGCUGCAAAUGAGGUGGGACGAGGAGCUGGCCGCCUUCGCCAAGGCCUAUGCGCAGCAGUGCGUGUGGGGCCACAACAAGGAGCGCGGGCGUCGCGGCGAGAACCUGUUCGCCAUCACGGACGAGGGCCUGGACGUGCCGCUGGCCAUGGAGGAGUGGCACCACGAGCGCGAGCACUACAACCUCAGCGCCGCCACCUGCGCCACAGGCCAGAUGUGCGGCCACUACACGCAGGUGGUCUGGGCCAAGACAGAGAGGAUUGGCUGUGGUGCCCACUUCUGUGAGAAGCUCCAGGGCGUUGAGGAGACCGAUAUCCACUUGCUGGUUUGCAACUAUGAGCCCCCGGGGAACGUGAAGGGGCAGAGGCCCUACCAGGAGGGAACUCCAUGCUCCCAAUGUCCCUUGGGCUACCACUGUGAAAACUCCCUGUGUGAACCCAUCAGAGGCCCGGAAGAGGCUCAGGAUUUGCCUUACCUAGUAACUGAGGCCCCAUCUUCCCUGGCAACAGAAGCCUCAGGCUCUAGGAAAGAGGGUAUCACUUCUUCCUUAGCAACGGAAACUCCAUCCUUCUUGGUAACAGAGGUCUCAGGCUCCCUGGCAACAAACGCUCUACCUGCUGUAGAAACCAAGGCCCCAUCUUCCUUAGUAACAGAAGACUCCCCUUCCAUGGCAACAGAGGCUCCACCUUCCUUAGCAACUGAGGUCCCUUCCUUUUUGGCAACUCACAGCCUACUCUAUUUGGAUGAGAGACCGGCUACCCUCCCCAAAUCAACCCAUGAUCCUACCCCCAAAUCAGCAGAUAAAGAGGCCAGCAGUACAAGAAUGCCCUCCAGGAGCCCAGAGAGUUCUCUGCAGCCCAAGAUGUCCUUGACGGGGACAUGGGAGCCGCUACCCCACUCCCAGGAGGAGGGCGAGGCUGAGGCCGAGUCGCCUCAUUCCAGUGAGAUCUUGGCCUCAGUUUUUCCAGCGCAGGACAAGCCAGGUGAGCUGCAGGCCACACUGGAGCACAAGGGACACACCUCCUCCAAGUCCCUGUCCAACUCCCCCAGUGCCUCUGCCACCGCUAAUGCCAUGGGUGGGCGUACCCUGGCCCUGCAGUCCUCCUUGCCAGGUGCAGAGGGCCCUGAAAAGCAUGGCAUCAAGUCAGGGUUGAACUCGAGCCCUGGGCACGGCUGGGGCCUCCUCCUGGGACUGCUGCUACUGCCUCCCCUGGUGCUGGCUGGAAUCUUCUGAAGGGGUCACCACUCAAAGGCAAGGCCUCAUGGGGGGGACCCUAGCCUCAUGCCCACUCUGGAUUCUUUCUCCAAUAAGAGACCACAGCUUCCUGGAAGGUCCUCUCUGUGGCCCAGCAGCCCCCUUCACCCCAGCCAGACUCCAGGCCAGAGGCCUUGUGCCCUCAGGAGGCCUCGACAGGGACGAUGCCUCUGCCUUUGGGGAGGUCCACCCCUCAGCCAGCUGCAGGUUGUUCUGAGCAGUGUUCCUGUGGCCUACGCCCACUCUCCAGCUGUCCUGUGGCCACAGUCCUGCUCUUCCAGGGACAGAAGAUCGCAGGGCUUCCCAGGAACCCCUCAGCCCCUUCCAGUCCCCUGGCCUCUUCCUUGAGCCAUUGGAGUCUAAGGCUGUUCCCAGGAGUGCUUCCUGCCUUCCCAGGGUGAAGAGGUCAGCUGUCCUCCUGCCACCUCCCCCACCCUGUCCCCAGCCCGCCAAACAAGACGUUUCUUGGCUGAAGUCCCUCUGGAAGGGAAAGGCUGCAGGGCAUGUGCCUCAUCCACAGACAUCUUUGGGGGCAUGGGGCCUGGCCACUGCGAGCUCAGGUUGCUGCCCGCUGACUGCAUGUGUCUGGACCCCUUCUGUUCCUCCCAUCUCAGUCUGGGGGCGGCAGUGAGUGAGGACUCUGGGGAGGUCCCUGCCUGCCUGGCCUUGGGUUGUCUGCCUGGGCAAGGUAAAGGUUCUCCCUGAGUAUCCGGUCCCCUAACUUUCCUGUUUAGAAGGCAGCGGGUGUCCUAAGGGGCAGAUGAAGGACAAACCCCAUCUGAGAGGGGUUCUAUGGGUGGGGCAGGCAGGGACCAGGGAAGGGAGGCAGCCCCUGACUCCUGAAUAAAAGCCUGUGUAAGAGGACCAGUCGCCGUGCUUGUGAGCAACAAACGGGGCAAGGGAGGGCUCUUGGGCGGGGGGCCCUGAGAGGCUCACCUCUUCCCCUACUGACUCAUGGCAACUGUUCCUUCUUCACACGCCCUCUCCCCCAAACACUCCAUUUAGUUCUUUGAGGCACUUUUCCUUUCCUUCCUAACCCCCGACCCCAAAUCUUCAGGUAGCCGGUGGAAAGGGGCUAGGGCCAAGGGUUGGCGAAGGGUGCUGGGCUGACUCUCCCAGCUCUGGGAGUGACUAGUGGAGCCUAGCUGGGUUCGUGACCCAGGAUCAAGGAGUGGCACACGACCUCUUCACAGGGGUCCUGCUGCCCACGCCCACCCAGGACACAAGGUCUGAAAUGUACCUCAGCAUGAUUUUGCCAACCCUUGGUGCUUAGAGGAGUCCUGAGAAAGGGCUCUGGAGUCCCAGACACCCUCCAGGGAAGCACAGGAUUGUCCCGAAGUGCUGUGGGGCAGGAAAGCACACGUGUGUGAGUAGGGCUAGCAAUGGUAGGUGAUGAGGGCAGCCUGGGACCCAGCUGGGGCUGGUGGGGAGGGGCAGCUAAACAGGAAGCAUACAAAUCAGUCCAGGGCUGAAGGCUGUGUGUGUGUGUAUGAGAUGAUAGAAUGUAUCUCCAUUAAGGUAUAACUCAUAUAACAUAAGAUUCACUCAUUUAAAGUGUACCACUCAGUGGUUUUUAGUAUAUUCACAGGGUUGUGCAACCAUCACCACAAUUUGGGAACAUUUUUAUCACCCCAAACAGAAACCCCACACCCCUCAGCAGUCACUUCCCAUUUUCCCUUCACGCCCCCCAGCCCCUGCCCUAAGCAAUCACUAAUCUAUUGUCU